AUGCCUCCGAGAUUCAAGUCGAGUAGACUCCGGCCCUUUGUGUGCGCCGAAUGCCAGCUCCGGAGCCUCUCUCGCGAUCAACCUCUGGUCCGCCGCAAGUUCACCACAUCCCCUCCGCUCCACGCUACAUCGCCUACUCAAAGCAAGUACCUCCGUCUCACGAACCGCAGCAUCAUCCGCCUCGCCGGGCCCGAUGCCGCCCUCUUCCUCCACAAUCUCAUCCCGGCCAAGAUCCUCGACAUUGGAGGGAGCACGAACCCGAUCUACACGGCGUUCCUCUCGGCCCAGGGCAGGAUAUUGAACGAUGUCUUCGUCUACCCACCAUCACCCACAGGUGAUAAACCGGGGGAGGAAUGGUUCAUCGAGGUUGAUUCGGCCAGCGCGGGCGACCUGUUCAAGCACCUGAAGAAACACAAGCUGCGGGCAAAGUUCACGUUGGAAAAGGUGGAUGGCCAGAGAAUGGGGGUUUACUACACUUGGCCACCCCCGCCGUCGCAUCCUUCCGGCGACAGCCACGCCUCGGAGAGUGCAAGCAGCGCAUGGGGUCUAGGGGGCCAGGAUCCCAGACCCGGUAUGGGCGUUCGGUGGCUGCUCGACGAGACAUCCUCUCAGCCAGUCGCGCUGCAGCGACUAGAAGACACGGGGAGUCAACGUGCCACGCUGGAAGAAUACACGGUGCACCGUAUGCUCAACGGGAUCGCGGAGGGCCAGUCCGAGAUCAUCUCCGGCCACGCGCUGCCGCAGGAAAGCAACAUUGAUUUCUUUGGCGGGAUCGAUUUCUUCAAGGGCUGCUACCUGGGCCAGGAACUGACCAUCCGGACGCACCACACCGGCGUGGUCAGGAAGAGGAUACUCCCGUGCCAACUCUACGAUACCGACGGCGAGCCCCUGCCCGCAGACCAGACGCUUCCCGAGUACGACCCCGGUGUGCAACUGACACUCCCGCCGCCAGGCUCCAAUAUCUGCAAACUCAAAGCCAAAGGGCGGGGGCGCAGUAGUGGGAAGUGGCUGGCGGGCGUGGGUAAUAUCGGGCUCGCGCUGUGCCGCCUGGAAAUGAUGACCGACAUUCAGUUGACGGCGGACAGGACGAACUACGACCCAGCUGAGCAGUACAAGGUCCAGUGGGGGUCGGGCGAAGGCGAAGAACAGCAGGGAGUUAUGAUUAAGCCGUUUGUGCCCAAGUGGCUGAGGGAUGGCGUCGAGCAGAGCUUACGGAGGAAGGAAAAGAAAGCUAAACCCAGACAUGAAGAGGACGAGGAAGAGGACCUUGAUUAA